UCAUAUCCAAGAAUCACAAUUUCCAACUCCAAAAAAUUUUUUUUGGAAAAAAUGGAAAAAUUUCCAUGGCCAAAUGGCCCUUAAUCAGCUAUCAGAGGAAGAUUGGUUUGGUUGAGUGUCCUUUUUAUUGUGCAAUUUCUUGACGUCAACCCUUCUUCCUCUUCCUCUUCCUCUUCGUCUUCUGAAGUCUAAAUUCCUAAUCACAAAAGAAAGAAAGCCUUAAUUAUUAGCGAAACCAAAUAAUCACUUGAGAAUUUUGAUCAAUCACAAUUUGCAGCUAUGGCAACAAGUCGAAACAAGAAUAUGAACGCCAAAUUGGUGCUCCUUGGAGAUGUUGGAGCUGGAAAAUCUAGUCUAGUUCUACGUUUUGUUAAAGGACAAUUUAUUGAAUUUCAGGAAUCAACCAUAGGUGCUGCAUUUUUCUCCCAAACAGUAGCUCUAAAUGAUGCAACUGUAAAAUUCGAAAUAUGGGAUACAGCAGGUCAAGAGAGAUACCACAGUCUAGCUCCAAUGUAUUACAGAGGAGCUGCAGCUGCUAUAAUUGUUUAUGAUAUAACAAAUCAAGAAUCAUUUGAGAGAGCAAAAAAGUGGGUUCAGGAGCUUCAAGCACAAGGUAAUUCAAAUAUGGUGAUGGCACUUACUGGAAAUAAGGCAGAUUUGUUAGAUGCAAGAAAAGUUGCUGCUGAGGUAUCUAAGGGUCGGGUGACUGAUAGUUUCAACUACAAGUCCAAGAUGGCCAGUUGAAUAUAAUGAUAUUCAGUGUUUAGAAGGUGUACCCUAAGGGGUUGAGGUAUCCAGCCGUGCUAUUUUCUCCUU